AUGUCCGUUGUGGAGUGGCGUCGAAACUCAAGUCCUCAUCUGGGAACGUUGCCGAUGCCGUCGUCGCCUGUAUGGCGCAAAUCAUCACACCCGCCGCUAAGCGUCUCUACCACACCGGCGACGACUGCUAGUGCAUCGUCCGUCGAGGCGCCACCAUCGAUGAUGUCCAGUUCUUCAUGUGACACGGACGAGACGGAUCAUCGAUCGUCACCGUCUUCAUCGGCUCGAAAUGGAGAGAGGCCGGUUUCACCGGGUGUUUACCAAAGGCUUAUUCUACAUUCAGAAGAUAUGAAAAGUCUUGUUCGAACAAUAACAAACGAAGCGAAAAAUCUCAUACAUGCAGAGACGUGUUCUUUGUUUUUGUUGGACAAUGAGCACAAGGAACUGGUAGCAAAUGUGUUCGAUAAUGCUGGUGAUUUAUCGGAAAUUAGAGUUCCGAUGACAAAAGGUGUUGUUGGACGAGUGGCAACAACGAGAGCAAUGAUGAAUGUUCGAGAUGUGCAAAGAUGUCCAUUUUUCUAUGCUGAUGUUGAUCAAUUAACCGGCUUCCAUACAAGAAACAUUUUAUGCUUCCCAAUAAUUGAUAAUUCCGGUUAG